AUGUCUGCUAAGAGCUCCGUACCCCCGCCUGAGGAGCCAGCUUGGGCGGCCGAGCUGGACCUGCCCCGGGAGCGGGAGCCAGAGAGAGCCAGGGCCGCACCUCCCGGUGCCCGAGGGGAGCCGUGGCCACUGGCGCCCCGCCGCAUCAGUGCAGCCACCACGCUGGUGUCGGUGAACCCCCUCGGACGGCCUUUGGCCCACAAGUCUCCGGAGCCGGGAAGGCCCCUGGGCCCCAAGGAUGACGAAGACGACGCAGAUGGAGCCGAGGUCAACGGUGACAGUGAUGGGGCCGCCGCGCCCUUGGGCCAGAACCGGGUCGCUGCUGCCACACCGCUGCCCGAGCCCACCGAGCCAGAACUAAGUUCCCCACAAAUUAUAAAAGCAGGAAAACCCAAGACCCAGAAAACCAGCAAGACUUGUGACUUCAAUGACAUCAUAAAUUGGCCAACCCCAAGUGAAUUAGUGAACAAUGAAGGCCAGAACGUCACCAAUCAACCAAAGAAGAAGCCACAAGAAAGAAAAGAAAAGGAAGAGAAGACUGAAACAGGGAACCAACAGGGAACCAACAGGGAAAGCAGAGACAACCCUGAAGCAAAGCUCGAUGUGCCUGGAGAAAAUGUCAGCGAGAGAGAGGCGAAGUCCAAUCAUCAAAGAAAAAAAGCUAAUAAGCCCAAGUGGGUACCACUUCAUUUGGACGAUGUAAGACCUGAUAGGCGAGAAAGACGAGGAUCACGAAACAGCUUCAGAUCUCAGCCAGAGCCCAAUGAGUCCGCACAGAACAACCGACGAAAUGACUCACCAAGUUGGAGGCGUGAGAGAGAGAACAGAGAUGAUCAGGAUGAAGUUUCCAGUGUGAGAAGUGAUGGCGCUUAUAUUCCAGGUCGCGUUAGAGGCAGAGGCAGAGGCAGAGGCCGAGGCCGAGGCCGAGGCAGGGGAAACCUUCCGUUGAACUUUGAAUAUGCGUAUGGGUAUCCAGAAGAACAUGGUGAAAGCCCUGACCAGCCAUUUCAACCACAACUUUACCCUAACAUGAUGUAUUACUAUGAUGAUGGCACAAGAGUUCAGAUAUAUUCUGUGGAUGAAAUACUGCUUAAAGAAUACAUUAAGCGCCAAAUUGAAUAUUACUUCAGCAUAGAAAAUUUGGAACGGGACUUCUUUCUUAGGAGGAACAUGGAUGAACAUGGUUUCUUGCCGAUUUCUCUGAUUGCCAGUUUCCCCCGUGUUCAAGCCCUGACUACAAAUGUUCAUCUCAUUGUGGAGGCUUUGGAAGACAGUACAGAAGUGGAAAUCGAGGGCCAGAAGAUGAGGAAAAAGGUGGAACCAGAAAAAUGGCCAAUUCCUGACACUGCUCCACGCAAUGUGCCACAAAUUGACUUCUCUCAGGUCGUCGACUUCCCAGAGUUCAUACCAAGCAAAACUUUUGGCUUAAAUACUGUCCUAUGUCCCAGGGAAGCUCCAGUCAGUGGGCAUCUUCCUGGCCCCUUCAGGGAACACAAUGGCCAGAGAAUCAUGGCACACGCGAAUCCUUUUAUGGAGGAGUGA